CAUUGCCCGGCUGGGUUUUUUUCUGAGAGUCAAGAAAUGGGCGUUGGCCGGUCCCCACCAAUUCCAAAGACCCUAACAGACAAGGAGUGUGCCCAUUACCACGUGGGGAGAAGUUCGGCCAAGAGCCGCUGACUCCAGGCCACAGCACACAGGGCCCCACGGGACGCUCGCCAGGAUUCACCAAAACCUCGCUUCUUGCUAGGCAACAGAAUCUCCACGGCGACCGGAAGAGGAAGAUGCAGGGCUGCCCGGAACCGCGUAGGGCGGGCGCACGCAGUCUCUCUGGGCACCGCGGAGACAGGGAUACACAGCGUCCCGGUCGCCAUGAAAACAGGCCACACCCCGGCUAUCCCGGCCCGUGCCUGCCCAGUGCGCAGACGCACAUGCCGUCCCGCGCAUGAGCAUUGCGGCUUGGAGCCCGCCAGCCCGUGUCUCCGGCGCCAGCUACGCCGCUGUGGCUGUCACUAUGGCCCAUUACAAAGCCGCGGACUCGAAGCGCGAGCAGUUCCGGAGGUACUUGGAGAAGUCGGGGGUGCUGGACACGCUGACGAAAGUGUUGGUAGCCUUAUAUGAAGAGCCAGAGAAGCCCACCAGUGCUCUGGAUUUUUUAAAGCAUCACUUAGGAGCUGCUACCCCGGAAAGCCCAGAAAUAGAGCUGCUUCGCCUAGAAUUGGCAGAAAUGAAAGAGAAAUAUGAAGCUACUGUAGAAGAAAAUAAAAAACUGAAAGCAAAGCUUGCUCAGUAUGAGCCACCUCAGGAGGAGAAGCGUGCUGAAUAGGAUUCUUCUCAGUUGAAAAGACACUGAAAACUGGUUUUGUAUCACUUGAAUAGCUUGUAUAGUAUAUAAUCUUUCCUGAAAAGAUGCUAUAAACUUUUAAUAUGUAAAAUCCACUCAUCACACUUUAAUGUUAUAAACACAUAUACAUAGAAUCACCAAUAAAAACUCAAUAUAACUUU